AUGAGAAUACAAAGAUCGUGGUUAAUUUUACUUGGCACUCUGGUUUUAAUAAUAAGCCAAGCCAAAUCACAGGAAAUCGACGCAACGCAAGAACAGGAAACGACAACCAACAACACAUCUAACGGCAAUGGAGACAGCACCGAUUCUGUAGAUGAGCACAAUGUCAAAGUAAGUGAAAAUCGGUUGGCGGCUCAGCUUUAUGCUGUCUUGGAACACUACAAACAAGAAGAUCCUGUAGGAUUCCCUGGAGCUCCCGUACCCGAUCCCAUGGAUGUACCCGAUAUGAAGAAAAGUCUUGGCAUGGCUACGUUGAGUAUGUACGAUGUCAAAUCGUAUGGCUUAUCAAAAUUUCGCAUUGUCAGUAUAAAGGCCGAUUUAAAUGCUAUGACGGUCAAAUGUGCGGUUGAGCUGGAUGAAAUGAUUACUAAGGGAAUGUAUACACUGACAUCUUUCUUUUCCAAGGCAAAUGGUCCCUUUAUUGUCAUUCUGAAAAAGGUUUUAAUUACAGGAGUCGCAACAUUAGCUGUCCAACGAGACGGCCAUUUACUCACCGAUCACAUUAAAAUGGAUGUAACAUUCUCCGACAUGUCUAUGGAUUUCCAAAAUCUAGGAUUUUUGGGUACAGUGUUCCAGGGCAUUGUUAAUUCGGCACCUAAUCUGGUAUUUGAUGCCAUGAAACCCUUCAUGUUGCAGGAAGCUGAUUCGAAAUUGAGAGAGGAUAUCGACAAAAACAUUGCCAAAUUAAUGGGCGACAAGUUAUUACCAAAUUCCAUAAGUCCUUUGGAUAUGGCUAUUGCUGAGGGGCGCAAACAAGUGCGUGAAAUGGGUUACGAUCCUUUCCGCUUGCCUGACUACAAUCGCACGAUGGGUGUAUUCGGCAUGCAAUUGUCGAAUACAUGGAUUCACGGAUUAUCGACAUUCUACAGACAUGGCGAUGUUAUUGCUUCCAUGGAAAACAAUACUAUCUUCCUAGAGGUCACAGUUGGAACUCAACAAAUAGCUGGCGGUGGCCAAUGGGAAGUAAAUGGCGGCCUUGUUUCACGAGUUGGUCACAUUCAAUUCACUUUGCAAUACAUUCGACUGACUGUCGAUGUGAGUCAACCAUUGGAUACCAGAAAACGUCCACAAAUAAAUGAUUUGCAAAUCGAUAUGGGCAACAUUCAAGUUAGAUGCGAUGGUGCUGGUACGUUGGACUAUGUCAUGGAAUUUGUGGUCAAUAUUUUGCCAAACUUGUUGCGUUACCAAAUCAUGGAUGCUUUGGAGAAUCCUAUUAAGAUGCGUAUCCAAGAGAAAUUCAAUUCAAUUGACGUGGAGCAAACAAUUAAGGAUAACUUUGAAAAAUACCAGAAUGGAGAGAAGAUUUCCUUCGAUUUUAAAUUGUAA